AGCUCAAGGACCAGUCUUUUGAGGAGGGCUUGUCUCAAAUCUCAGCCACACCAAACUUCUCAUCCUCUCCAAUGCAGAGCUCUUGAGCUUUGCUUCAAUGUGGCUCUCAACAGGCUCCCAACAACUCCUGGCCCUCUGCUCCAUGGCCAGCCCUCUCUCUCCAAUGCUCUGAUUGCAGCACUCAAGAGAGCACAAGCCCACCAGAGAAGGGGCUGCAUAGAACAACAGCAGCAGCAACCACUUUUAACCAUCAAAGUUGAGUUGGAGCAGCUUAUCAUCUCCAUCCUUGAUGACCCAAGUGUCAGCAGGGUUAUGAGAGAAGCUGGUUUCUCUAGCACUAAUGUCAAGAACAACUUAGAGGACACAUCAACCUCUUCUGUUUUUCAGUGUUAUAGUAGCUCUGGUGGGGUUUUCUCUUCUCCUUGUUCACCUUCUCCUCCCACUGAUCAUCAUCAUCAUCAUCACCAUCAAAAUAAUAAUAUUCCUGGUAACUUUUGGCAAACCCAUUUCUUGUCUUACACUUGUGAGCAAAACCCAGUUCUUUUUUCCCCACAAAAGACAAAACUUUCAUUGAUCAACCCCACCAGUACCACUACUACUUCCACACAGCACUCUGCUUCUAAGGAAGAUAUCAAGUUGGUGUUUGAGGUCUUGUUGAGGAAGAAGAAGAGGAACACUGUGAUAGUUGGUGAUUCUAUGUCCAUAACUGAAGGCCUUGUUUCUGAGGUCAUGGGGAGGAUAGAAAGAGGCCUACAAGUUCCUGAGGAACUGAAAUCAACCCAUUUCAUCAAGUUCCAAUUCUCACCAGUUUCUCUGAGGUUCAUGAAAAGAGAAGAUGUUGAAGCAAAUCUUUCAGAGCUGAAAAGAAAUAUAGACUCAUCUCUUGCAUCAGGUGGAGGUGCAGCAGGAGGAGGAGGAGGAGGUGCUAUCAUUUACACGGGAGACUUGAAAUGGACUAUUAAUGAUGAUGAGAGAAGAGAUCAAGCCUCAACCGGUUAUAGCCCAGUUGAGCAUUUAGUUGCAGAAAUUUCAAGGUUGGUCUCAGACUAUGAAAAUAGCUCAAAGCCAAAGGUUUGGUUGAUGGCAACUGCAAGUUACCAGACAUACAUGAGGUGCCAAAUGAGGCAACCACCUCUUGAGAUCCAAUGGUGUCUUCAAGCUGUUUCUGUUCCAUCAGGUGGACUUGGUUUGAGCCUCCAUGGUUCCAGUGUCCAUGACUCAAGAAUAAUCUUCUCUCAGAGCCCAUCUGAAGUGCUAGAACCAAAACCAUUCAACAGAAAGGAUGAACAAGAUCAUAACAUCACUUGCUGUGAAGAAUGCACUUCAAAUUAUGAAAAAGAAGCUCAGCAGCUGAAAUCUGGCCAGCAGAAAUUGCCUGCCUGGCUGCAACCACAUGGCACCGAAGCCCGUCAAAAGGAUGAAGUGGCUGAGUUGAGGAGAAAGUGGAACAGAUUAUGUUACAGUCUGCAGCACCAAGGAAGGCAUGCAGUUCAGAAUCAUUUGAGCUCUGCUAAUUUGUACAACAAUCAAGGCUUAGUUGGAAAGAACUACUCUUAUGCUUCAACAUACCCUUGGUGGUCUACCCGAAAUGGGGUCUCCCCGGAUUUGAAUUCAAUCUCCUUUGGUCAUGAUCCAGCUUCAGAACCCACCCAUGGCUCUAAUCUCGUGCCUCGAUUCAGGAGACAACAAUCGUGCACAAUUGAGUUCAAUUUCAAUAAUGGGGUCCAAAAAAAUCAAGUGGUGGAACCAAGUUUGGAUUCUCUGAAAAGCACUGAAGGCAAGGAAGUAAAGAUCACCCUUGCUCUUGGCAACUCUGUGUUUUCUGAUUCAGGGAAAUCGGUGGAAAGAAAAAGAAGUGAAAGAACAAUGCAGAGAGCUGACAUGUGUAAGCUAUUGAAAGAGAAUGUUCCUUGGCAAUCAGAAUCCAUUCCUUCAAUAGUAGAAGCCAUCAUUGACUCCAAAUCGUCCCGGCAGGAGACUUGGUUGCUGAUUCAGGGGAAUGACUCAAUUGGAAAAAGAAGGUUGGCGCAGGCAAUUGCAGAAUUAGUUAUGGGUUCUACUGAUUCACUUCUCCAUUUCAACAUGAACAAAAGAGACAAUGAGAUGAACCCAAGAGCAGAAGUCCUAGGAAGAGCCUUGAAAUCCAAUGAGAAACUCGUCGUGCUGGUAGAAGAUGUUGACUUGGCUGACACCCAGUUCUUGAAAUUUUUAGCUGAUGGUUUUGAAACACGAAAAUUCGGAGAAGUCAGUAGAAGAGAAGGGAAUUUAGGCCAAGCCAUAUUCAUCUUGACUAAGGGUGACUCCACAAGAUAUGAAGACAAGGCAAAGUACCUGAAAUCUAUAAUCCAAAUGACAUUGAAGGUUGACGAAAAACAUAGUACUAGUCCAAGUUUUGGGGGAGUUAACUUCGAUCACAAGCGAAAGGCUGAGUGGGAGCUACAAAUCAAGACCAAGACUCCAAGAAUUGAAGAGAAGGAAGAUCUAAGUGUGGUUGCUGUUGAGAAUGUGAAUAGCAAGAAGGACUUCUCAAGGCAAUCAAGCUUCAACACCCUUGAUCUCAACCUCAUGGCUGGAGAGGAUGAUGAAAUUGAAGACAAAGCAGGGGAGCUGAGCCCCAUUUCAAGUGACUUGACUCGCGAAACUACCACCGAUCUCCAAACCCCACAUGGGUUCCUCGAAUCGAUCGAGAACAUGUUUGUUUUCAAUCGAAGUCCGGCUAGAGAUCGAGAGAUAAGCGAGCUCUUCAUGUCCAAGAUUGAAGGGUGUUUUGAAGAGGUAUAUGGGAAGCAUAACGUGGUUAGUUUUAGUGUGGAUAAGAGGGUGUUAGAGGGGAUUUGUAAUGGAUCUGGUUAUUUUCCCAAUAGCUUGUUUGAGAAAUGGCUGAAAGACAUUUUUCAAACAAGGUUGAGGGCGGUUAAACUUAGCGGGAAAGAGGGUAUACUUGUAAGGCUCUGUUUGGGUGACAAAGAAGAAGGCAUUUUGGAGGGUUUCUUGGGUUCUUGUCUUCCUAAGAAAAUCCAAAUUUCUUGAGUGAGAGCUAUAUUCUAUAUAUGCCUCUCUCAAGAACAAAACUAGCCAUAUUGUCUGCUUCUGUAACAACUGCUAAUUUUCUAAAUAGGAUGUGGGGUUUUUUUUUC